AAAAAUUGAGUUUAACCCCAUUUAUACGAAUUAUAUUACUAUCAUAAUUAUUAUUAACUGUUUAUUGUCAUAACCUGUCGUAUAACCCAUAUCUUCUCAUAGUAUAAAUAGACCAGGAAUCUCCCCUCGCUUCCAACCCAUCUCAUUCAAGCAAUCAACAUAAUUAAACACCAGUUACUCCAACCAUGACAGUUUAUAUAGUUGCUGCAAAAAGAUCACCUAUUGGUUCAUUCCAAGGUUCAUUAUCAUCAUUAUCAUCAGUUGAAUUAGGUACCACCUUAGUUAAACAAUUCAUCCAUGAUUUAAACUUACCCUCUGAUUUCACUAUUGAUGAAUGUUUCUGGGGUUCAGCUUUACAAGCUAAUUUAGGACAAAACGUCAGUCGUCAAAUCGUCAUUAAUGCUGGUUUAAAUCCUGGUAUUAUUUCUACUACCAUUAAUAAAGUUUGUGCAUCAAGUAUGAAAGCUACCAUUUGUGGAAUCCAAUCGAUUUUAUUAGGUGAUAGUGAAGUUGUAUUAGUUGGUGGAAGUGAAUCAAUGUCAAAUGUUCCUUAUUAUGUUAAUGGGGGCAAUAUUAGACGAGGGGAAGUGAAAUAUGGUAAUAUUAAUUUGAUUGAUGGAUUACAAUUUGAUGGAUUAACUAAUGUUUUCGAACCUGAAUUAUUAAUGGGUCAUUCAGCAGAGAAGACCGCUAAAGAAUUUUCGAUUUCAAGAUUGGAUCAAGAUGAAUAUGCUAUAAAUUGUUAUGAAACAGCCAUUCAAUCAUAUAAAGAUCAUAAAUUUGAUUCUGAAAUCAUUCCUAUUGAAAUCAAAACUAGAAAAGGUUCAUCCAUCAUUAAUAAAGAUGAAGAUUUAAAUAAAUAUAAUCGGGACAAAUUAAAAACCGUCAAACCAGCAUUCAUCCCCGAUGGAACCGUCACUGCCGCAAAUUCACCUUCAUUCAAUGAUGGUGCCGCUGUCUUACUCUUAGUAAAUGAACAAGCAUUACAUAAAUAUGGAUUAACCGCCAUUGCCAAAGUUAGAAGUUAUGGAGAAGCUGAACGUGAUCCCAUUGAUUUCACUAUUGCUCCUUCAUUAGCCAUUACGAAAGCAUUAAAUAAAAUCAAUACUACUAUUGAUGAUAUUGAUUAUUUUGAAAUUAAUGAAGCAUUUUCAGUAGUUGGUAUUGCUAAUGCUAAACUUUUAAAUAUCCCCCAUGAAAAAUUAAACGUUUAUGGUGGUUCAGUUGCAUUAGGUCAUCCAUUAGGAGCAUCAGGAGCAAGAAUCUUAACUACUCUUGUUAAUAUCUUAACUCAUGAAUCAACUACUUCAAAAUUAGGCGUAGCAGGUAUUUGUAAUGGUGGAGGAGGAGCCUCAGCCAUUGUUAUUGAAAAAGUUUAAUCAGAAUAAAUGUUUUAUAUAUUU